CGUUUCUUCGUGGUCGUCUCGUUAUUCAGUCGCAUUUUAGACCGCAAAUUGAAAGGACGAAUUUUGGUGGUUGCUCUCCCGAGACGUGCCCAUUUUCUCACUUUGGAAUCACACUCUGGGAGGUUUGCUGGCACGGAAAAAGGAAAGAAUUGAAGUGUUUUUGCACUUUGCAUAGCAAGUGACCGAAAAUUUGUUCGUUUCUGUGGAGAAUAGGAGCUGUUAUGCAGUGUAAUUCUAAUUUCUUAUUUCGGAACAUUGUACACCGCAUCAAAUAAGGUCAAUAGACGUGAGAUUCUGACACUAGAAAGGUUUCAGUCUCCGGCAUUUUUUUCUCGCGAAGACCUCAAGGCAAGAACUUGUGAAGUGGAUAUUUUAUCGUUGAGAAAGACACUAAUAAAUUGGUUAAACACUUAUUCACACUCUUGAAGUUUUGUGAAGAUUUUAUGUACAUUUACGGUGAUUUACCGGAUUUUUCUUUCGUCAGACAGUACGAAAAGUCACCGGUGAAAGGACAAGAAAUUGUGAGUGCAUUUGCCUAAACUAUAUGUGUGACUGAUCACAGAAUACAAAAAAAAACUGGGCGGAAUUGAGACAUUCUCCAACACUUUGGGCGGCAAAAUUCUUGAUAUGCCUAGAAAAGUGACGGCUAUUGCAGUGAAAAGCAGUAAAAAGUGUGAAUCAAUAGUGAAAAAUCAUCUCUGUACAUUUCACACAAUACAAGUGACUAAUCACUGCAAAAUAUUUAGACGGAUUUACUAAAUAAAAUCGAAAAAGUGACAUUCUUGACCUGCAACUCUCGAAUAGGACAAAAUUUUAAUUUUUCAUCUAUUUUAAAACUAAUAACGAGAAAUAGAACACUGAGACCAAAUAAAUAGUGUGUGUGCAGUAAAAAAAAAUCUCAACAAUCCAACUGAAGGAGCGCUAAUUUGAAAAAUAUAUUCAACAAUUCUUAAUCAGGCUAUCUUGUUGAAACGGUUUCGUCCGGAGUUCGUCACGGAGUGCGUGAAUUUGAUUUGACAGCAUUUUUGAAGGAAAUAUUAUGCCCGUUAAAGUGGAAAACAUGAUGGAGGAUUCAGAGUUGUACACACCAUCGUACACACCCCAUGAGUUUGAAUGGGAAUACAAUGUGCUGGACCUGCCGACGUCGGAAUUUAUGGCGUCCGUGGACACAGACAGCAUCUUCUUUGGGCUGCCGGAACCGUGCCCCAUGAGGCCCCCAUCGCCGCUCAUGUCGCAGUCGCUGAAGCAUCAGUUGCUCCACAACCACGACUGCAUGUGGUCGGGUCAGUGCGGUGAUCACACGGACAAGACCAAGUGUCCGGGAAAUCAUGGACCGGCGGUGACUAUUAAAACGGAGCCCGGCGUGGAUAAGCAGAAGUCUUUGAUAAAGAACACCACGUCUCACAACAUCCCGGCUGGUGGAUCACUGCUGCGGUAUAAUCAACAGAACAAGAAGAGCCCCAUGAUGUCGAGUGUCGCCCGGGCGCCGAUGAAGAAGCAGACAGACAUCCUCAGACCGGACACACCUCUGAGUCUGGACAGCGAUCCGCCAGAGUUCAAGCACACCUUCGAUCUGGCUGCAUGCACAAUGGGAUCUAACAAGUGGAAUCUCUCGAGUUCCGAUGAUGAUGCGAAGAUUAUCACAAUGCUGAAGGAACAUCUGGAGGACACGUCAGAUGGGAAGAAUGAGAACUUGAAGGCUCUGAUGGGAACCUACAGAUCCAACUCUUUGUCCGAUCUGCUCACGGACAUCAAAACACUGUCCGACUAUGAGGAGGAGGAAGAGGCUGAAGAUAGUGCCAUAGACACAGAUCAUGAUGACAUUGUGGCAUCGAUGAGUCGUCAGGAGUCGUGUCAAGUGUCACCGCAAAUGGUCUCGUCGCCCAUCUCGUCCUCCCAAUCGUCAAUCUCGAGCACAGGAUCUCAUGCGAUGGCCGGAUCCACGACAGGAUGUGUCGAGGCGCACAGUGAUCACUGCUACACGCGGAGUAUUGAUCUCAGCGGCCUGGGCGUGCAGACACCUUCCGAUUCCGAAGAGGAGAUCGAUGUCGUAUCGGUGGGUGACAAGACAUUGCCAACGAAUCCAAGUGCGAGAGAUCGGCGCACGAUACAGACAACGAUAUCCGACAGGAUAGUGAAGACAACUCCGAGGGGUCUGAAGACCAUCCCUCCGCGGAGGGUGAACGGGGUUGUGUCUGAGCCGCCGUCGCACAUGACAAUGUCCGCCCGUGCGAAAAUGAGUCAUGCGAUGUCCUCAGCCUCACAGUACGGCACAGUGCAGAGCACUAGAUCGUCCGGCUACAAGGGCCAGACGGUGCGGAAGGGCAAAGACACUGGGCGUAAGAGGGCCGGCUCGAAGUUGGAUGGACCGGCAUCGAAAAAGCACAAGGGCAAGAAGGGGCGCAUGUCGCAUGCGAAAAGCGCCAAGAAUAUCGACUUGUGCGAGCAGGACUCGAUCGAGAAGAGGAACUUGCACAAUGACAUGGAGAGGCAGAGGCGGAUAGGACUCAAGAACCUAUUUGAGGCCCUCAAGGCGCAGAUCCCCAGCUUGAGGGAUAACGACAGGGCACCAAAAGUGAACAUCCUGCGCGAAGCUUCGAUCCUCUGCACUCAACUGCACAAUGAGAACGAACGGUUGAACAACCUGAAGAGGCAUCAUACCAACAUCCAAAAUCGCCUGCGAGCCAUCAAGGGACAUCUCACAUCUAGCAAUGUGCCCGUCCCUGAGUAUGCGUACUAAGAAGAGAGGAGCACGCGAUAAAGGUAUGAGAUUCUCUCAUUGACUAUUCACAAUUUGGGUGGAAAGCAGGAGAAUAAAAAGGUUUUUCACGUGUUUUCAAGGAUUUUUGAGGUGAAAAAGAUAAAAACCAUAUCUCUGUAAUGGUUUUAAACCACGUUCCUCGCGGAACGUUUCAAUGAUCUCUACUUAAUUAUAAUAAAGAAAAAAAUUGCUUAGGUUGUAUAAAUAUGGAAAGAAUAGCAUUUACUUGAGAAUGAAAUAUAUACAGUAAUUUUUAAUUAAGAAAAACUUUUAGAGAAGAAGAUAUGAAAGUGUAAAAAUUUCAAUUAGAAUCUUAGAUUUCUAGUAGGAAAGAGAAAACAAAUUUUGCUUAACUAUAAAGUAGGAAAACAAAAUAUUUGCAAAAAAGAAGGUUUUUGAGUAAGAUAUUCAAGAAAAGAUAUUUGUGUCCAAAGUAAUUUUUUAAAAGGAAUUUUGAUAUUUUAACUAAGAUUGAUAAGGAACAAUCGUGAUUUUUUUUUAGAUAGGAGAAGCUUUGUUUAUUCUUAGCAUUGAAAAAUAACAACAAAUUGAUGAAGAAAAAUAAUAAAUUUAGAUUCUUGGACACAAUUACAUUUUACAGUGCCAAUUUACGUUUAAGACCCAUUUAUUAUUAAUAACUUUUUUCUUCAAUGAAAUUCACAAACGAUAUACAUAAAUGAAAUAUUGAACACCAUUUUAACUUGAUAGUUUUUCUAUUAUCAACUGUAUAAAAGACAAUUUUUGUAUAAAAGGAAUUCUAAAAAAAAUAUCUAUGAAUAUUUAAAAAUAUAUAAUCAUGAAUAAAUAAUAAAAAAAAUUCUCAUUGGUGAAGAGAAAAUAUAUAAUGUAAAUAUUUAUUAGAUAGACUUUAAACAAGAUUAGAUUUCUUUUGCAAUUACAUUGUAGGAAUUAAAAAUUUGCAUAAAAGAUGAAUAUUUUUCCAUGAUAUAGCGUAGGAGGGAAUGGAAUAGAUCCAUGUAUAUUUUGGGGGUCUUCUUUGGCGGGGCAGAAGAAGGAAUAUUAGGCGGUACAAGGAGAAAGUAACUGACUAAUAAUUCUGAGUGAUUUGUGAAAAAAAAAAUUAUGUAGUUUAUUAAAGUAGGAAUUAUCAUGAAUUUUAUCAAGAAUUGAGAAAUGAGAAUUAAAAUGAAUUGAAGGAAAGCGCAACCGUUUUCGAAAGAUGGUAGUUUUAACAAUGAAUGAAAAAAUAUUAAUCAUGAAGUAUAGAGAGAAGAGAAAACAUAUUUUAGCACAUGAUGGAAAGAUAUAUUUCAUUAGAUAGUAGGGAGAACUUUUCCGAAUGUAAAUUAAUCCAUGUAUUUAAUUUUUUGCAUUAGAGAUCAUACGUUUAAUUGGUGAAAAUAAUAAUUCUAUAACAUUUUUACAAUGAGUGGCACUCGAGUCACCGCACUUUUUUUACUUAUUUUUUUUCUUGAUUGCUACCAACCAAAUAUAUGUUCUACGAAAUAUUUUUUUUAAUUAUCCCGCAAAAAUGGAGAAAAAUGAGUGGAAAUUAGGAAGUAUAUAAUUAAAAAAUAAAUUUCUAGUAAUUAUAUUACAAUUUCGCUGAAGAUGGGAGAAAUUUUUUCAAAAUCAAAUGAAGUUUGUAUAUAUUGAAUUGAAUUAAUAAUGAGAUGAAGAAGAAAAUGCAUUGAUAAACAUUCUAGAAAUAUAAGAAAAUGCAGAAGCUUCACAAUUUCUAUAUGCAAAUUAAAAAUUUGUCUUCUGUUUCCUUUUACAUUUGCAAGCAAAAGUGCCACGAGAUGAUUUUAUAAUUGCAGUUACGUUGAUGAAUUUUUGAUUAAUGGAAAAAUUACAUUAUUGUUUCGUGCUGAAAAAUUUUCUGUUUUUUUACGAUGACAGUUUUUCUCCUUUGUUUUUUUUUUUAAUGCUAAAUGAACAUUUCUAUAAAUAUAAGUAGGUGAAGAAAUUUUAAGAGUUGAACUUUACAUAUAUUAUUGUGAUUAUUUUUACUUACUAUUUUACUUCUAAAUCAAUUAACUUGAAUAUAGAGAAAGAGAAAAUGUUUUCUUUAGAAAUUUAUAUGAAAUAAAAGAAGAGGAGUAAUGGAAUUUUCUUGCUGUUUUUUUUAACCUUUUCUUUUACACUAAUUUUAAGUAGGAUUUGAUUUCAUAUACCGCUAUAGGAAUUUAUGUGAAUAAAAUUAUGAAGUAAAUAGAUGAAAAACUAAUGCAAUUUUGACUAUAUAACACAAGCCAAAAAUUUGAAGACAUUUGAGGACUUUUAUGGUGAACGCUGAUUCGUCGUUGCAAAACAUAAAUUAAAUAAUAAUAAUAGACAUACUUUAAUUGCUGAAGUCAAGUGAAAAUUGGGACCAAAUUGAGUUGUUCUGUUCAUCUUAUUACACUAUCGAUUCCUUCGCUACGUUCCUCGCUAUACUUUAUCUCUGUAUACUCAAGGAAGUGAGACACGAAAACCAUAGCAUUUUUCUAUCAAACAGCGACUCAUGCGUUCUACCAUAAAGUGGUUAAUAGCAAGCAGCAUGCAACUGAGAAAAGAGCUGAGAACCCCAAAAGAUUUAAUUGGCGACAAAAAGGUGUUAACAUAAGUAAUGGAGAAUAGUAGCUUCUAAUACCAAAAUAGUAAUUUGUAAAGAUCUAACGACGAAAAACUACACUACAAACAGAAAAAAACUGAUAUUAAGAGAUAAACUAAAAGCAACCAUGUGCCGUGUGUAGGAAAAAGUACUGCCUCGCUUUAUUCAACAUUGAAAAGGAAACAAAACAAGAGAAAGUUAUACAUAAACAAUAUAUAUACAUAUAUAUAUAUAUCGGAGAACAUUUUUAAUCCAAACACUUUCCCCAAUUUCCCCGUAAACAAUAGAAAAAGAGAUGCAAAAUGAAAUUAGGACAAAAAGGCAAGUGAAAUUGCAAAAAGAUUGAACAAUUAUGAGAAAAUCUUAAGAAUACACAUCUGUUAUCAAAAGUACCUGGACUAUUAAGUAAUUUUAAUGUAAACAUUUAAGGAUAUGUUUUUUUUUGUAAUGAUAAAAAAUACAAUUCAAUGCAAGUAAUUAUACGCAUAUUAAGAUUAGGAUUUUUUCUAAUAAUGAUACUUGAAGCCGAGAAAUAGUUUAAGUAUAUUAAAAAAAAAAAUGAAAUAUAAUUCAUAAAUAUAGGGAGAGUAAUAGUUGCAAGGCUUAACACUGAUAUUCUUGUCGCCAAUUAAUUGACUAAAAGAAGAAAAAAAACCCAUAAACUGCUUUCGAGACACAAUACACGAAGAACGAUUUACAAAUAUAUUUGAAAGAUGAUGUGCGAAGGAGGAAAUGCAACUAAAAGAAACUUGACUCUUUUUUCAAAACAUUUAUUUAGAUGUAAUGAAAAGAAAAAAAAAUACAUGAAAGAAUUAAAAAAAAAUAGAAGAUUGUUGGAGUUGAAAAUACAAAUAAUACAAUAUAUUUACUUAUUUUAUAUUUUUUCAUACAUUUAUAUAUAUUGAAAGAUAAAACAAAACAAAAAAUAAAACAAUGAAAAAAUUAGAAGAAAUAGAAGAAAAUAGGAAAUUGAAAUUUUACAACACAAAAAAAGAGCAAAAGUGAAAAAGUGUGAAAAAAUUGAAAAUACAGAAUUUUUUUGUAUUUCUCUUUUAGUUCCUGUAAAACUGAAUUAUGAAGGCAAAGAAAAAUACAUUUGUAAAACGGAAAAA